AUGUCGAAAAGAUCAAACACAGCCAUGAUGCGCAUAGCAAUUGCCGGCGGCGGUGGCUUUGCCAAUAUACUGGCACGACAGCUGUCCGAAACUGCUCAUGCAAUGAUCGUCUUAUCGAGAAGGCCUCACCCAGAACUUGAGACUUACGGAUGCCAAGUCAUUACUGUCGACUACAGUGACUUGGACAAUCUCCAGUUCACCCUGCGCGGCGUGGACCUGAUCAUCUCGACAAUCUCAGGCCCUGAGCAAAUCAAUUUGAUCGAUGCAGCCCGACGGGCCCAUGUUAGCUGCUUCGUUCCGUCCGAGUUCGAGGGCCCUCUGUCCCGCCGGCCUACCGAUGAUCCAAUGGAACGUGGUUCCUCGACUGCAUUGGAAUUCCUCGAACGUUGCGCAUCAUCUCGAUCGCGUCCUAUGCGGUAUACCGUCUUUUCCUGCGGCCUAUUCUACGAGAGAUUCGGUCCAGGAGGCCUAUCUUCUCUCAACAUGGGUGCGAGCUUUGGUGCACAUAGACCUUCUGGGGACAUGCUUGACCUCACGGCUGGUAUCGCUGAGAUUCCAGUAACAAAUUCUCAUGGCAACCAAGUGCAUGUCACGAUGACGUCUGUUUACGAUGUCGCUCUCUUUGUUGCCUCUGCCAUCGAGCUGGGCGUACAGAAUUGGCCAAGAGAGUUCAGAAUGCGAGGCGCCUAUGUCACCACCCAACGCCUUGUAGAAAUCAGUCAGGAGGUCACCAGGACCGAGCUUGAGGUUUUCUCAAGGCCCUAUCAACAACUUCAUGACUGGCUUCGCUAUCACAGCGACAUGCAAGACGAUGCCAACGCACGCAAAAUGAUACACCUGAUACAAGUGGCCGAUGGUCGUUAUGCAUUCACCGACGCAAACCUCAAUGAACUCGUUGAUUUCAGACCUCUCGGACUUAGAGACUGGCUCCAAUCUACUUGGGGGCGAUCUUGA